UAAUGUUUUGUUUUAAAUUUUUUUCUAAUAAUUAAAGAUCACGCUAGAAGAUAAAAUACAUGUCUUGUCUGAUGAUCGCAAAGUUCUACAUCAAAAUAUUUUGUAUAUUAAGUUCUCGAGUCAGAAUUUUUGUGUUGUGAAUCUAUGGAUCAAGCAUUAAUCAUUAAUUUCCAUCUGAAGCAGACCUAUGAGUUAAUUCAAUUCAUAUUAGUUAAGCCAUGUUGGUCAUACCCUGCAGGAAAAACUGAAAUGGAGGGAUCAAGCAUUGAUUCCUAAAGUUUUAAAGUGCACACACUGGAUUUAGAGAUCAAGGGUUCAAGGAUGCUCCACACAAAAGUUCCAAGAUCUAAUAAUUUUAAUUAAAUAUUUUUUUUUGUGUUAAAAACUAUAAUUAAAUAACUAUUUUGUCUUCAUGAUAAAAUGUGCAAAUCUACAGUCGGAAGAUGUAUAUGUCAGAUCAUGCCAUAAAAAUAGAUUUUGUGUUUGGAAGGCAAUUAUCUGAGUUUAUUGUAAGAACCAUGUUACCAACCAUGGUGGCAAAUGCAAUAGGAUAUCUAACUAUCUUCUUUGAAGAAGAUGCUUUUGAAGCAGCUUUAGGGGUCAAUCUAACCAUUGUUCUGGUUAUUGUCACAAUGUUGGUUGAAAUAGGGAAGGAAUAUUCAAAUACAACAAGUUAUAUUAUGAUACAACUUUGGAUGAUUGUGAGUGUGAUGAUGCCUUUCUUGGAAGUUCUUCUCCAAACCUAUGCAUUUUGUUUACGGAAGGCAAUCAGGCAAAAAUUAAAAACCAAUGAGAUCAGAGUAAAGCCUUGUGUAAACGAUGAAAAUGCAGGCCAAGCAGGAGAACUAAGUGAGAGUAUUUCCGGAGAAGAAGUGUUGAACAGAAGAAAGAUCGGAAUUAUAUCUUGGAUAUUGAAAAAGGGCAUUCUACUGGGAUAUUUAUCCUUUAUCACCGCUUACUUCUCAAUAGGAAUAUUCAGACACUAA